GCCAUGGCACUGACGACGGUGAUAACGUAAUGAUUGAUGGUGAUAACGAUAGUGAUAGCAAUGGGGACGGCUGGCACUGUUAAUGGUGAUGAUGACACAAUGCACGACGCUGAUGGUGAUGGUGGCGAUGGUGAUAGCAAGGACGACUUCAGUGGUGAUGGCGAUGAUGAUGGCGAUGGUAAUGGCGAUGGAGAGGGAGAUGGUGAUGGCGAUGGUGAUGAUGGUGAUAGCGAUGGUGAUGGCCACAGUGGAGAUGAUGACCGUACUGAUGCGGGGAGCGCCAGUGCUGAUGGCGACGGAAUUCAAGACAAUUUCGGGCGUCCGUACGGGAACAUAGUGCCCAUGGAUUUAUGGCGGGAAAGACGGGUAUUGAUUGAUUGAUUGAUUGAGAACUGCCAGAUAGCUGCCGAGGCUGGCAAGCGGUCGAUGGUGAUAUUGAGGGCGGAUGAAACGACAAUGGCACUGACAAUGGUCAUGACAUCCUGAUGAUGAUGGCAGUGUCGAUGCUGAUGCUGAUGCGGACGCCGCGAAAAAAAAACGCGAGCUCGUCGUGGACAGAGCGAUAACUCCGCUGUCCCGCCAAAACACCAUUACGCGGGAAACGGAUGGAGAGACGAGUCGACUACAGAAAUGCAGGUGGUGUUAUUAGAAGGGAGAGAAAAGGGAAGCCUGGUGUGCACGACGGAAAGGAAAAGCACUUGCGCGGCGACGUAGAGGCAACGGAACAUGAGAAAUGCGGACACAGAGCCAAUGCGGGUGAGAAAAGUCGGUGCUACUCAAAGUACAUCAACAGUAAUUCCGGAGGGGCGAGCGUUAAUAAAUAGCCAGAAAUGAU